CAGAUGGUGCUGUUGAGGGGUGAAAAUUUUUGGAAGGUUAAAAUCCCAGCAGAUUGUGCUUAGACAUGGAGGCAAGUUUUAAAACUUCGUCCUCUACUGAAAAAUAUCAUUUGGAUGCAAGUGGGAGAUGGAAGACAAGUUUCACCAUUCUAUGAUUGGUGGGCAGGUGAGUUAAGGUUCUGUGAGUUGAUCUCAAAGGAUGAGAUUGUUGUUUGGGGCCAUGACCUUACAGUUAGUGAGUGGUGGGAUGGUUUAGAUUGGACCAUUCUAGAUAGUUUUGUGAGAAGACAUCCCAUGCUUGUCCAGAUUAUUAGAUGUCAAAAACUAUCUAAACAAGUGGACAAGGCUGUAUGGAAACCUGCAAAGAAUGGUUUGUUUACUAUUUCAAGUUGCUAUAAGUUCCUAAGAGUGAAACGCCCUAAGGGUAGACUAAAAACUAGAGAUUUACUAACAAGUAGAGGUAUGAGAAUUGAGAAAGGGUGCUGCUUGUGUGGUAGAUAUGAUGAAACGUGUGAGCACCUGUUUUUUUAUUGUAGUUUUGCUAAAGAAGUGUGGAGGUUAGUCUUGGACUUCUUGAAUAUUCACAGACAACCAAAAAGAAGCGAUCUCGAAGCGAUUGAAGCGAUAAAAGUGCUUUGAUGUUGAAGCGACUGCUUCUUUAAAAUGACACAAAAUGACAAAAAAGUAUAGAAGCAUUAAGGGUUUAAAUUGGAACUUUGACUCCAAUUAGGGCCAAAACAAGAAGCUCUGUGCUUGCUGACUACCUCUUGCCCUAAUUUUCUUUGUGAUUCCAUUGUCUUUUGACUUCAUCAUCUUCCUCAGACCUAACUUCAUCAAUUCAUCUGCCAUUUACAAGAAAGUCCCUUCUUGGGUUUUUUUUUUUUUUUUUUUUUAAUUUGCAUAUUCUCCUUCCCGUCUCUUCUUCCCUGAC